GUGAUAUAUUUAUUUAAAAAGACGAACACAUUUUUACACUCUCCGCGUGACUAGCUGUAGUAGGAAACUCUACCUUAUCUAAGUCACUAAAUAUAUUUUGUAAUUUGAAAAGACGUAACAUGUCAGUAUAUAUGUAUAGAGUAUAUAUGUAUAGAGAAUAUAAUAUGUAUAGAGUACACAGUCACUUUUAACUUAAAUAAAAAGUCACCACAAUGGUGUAAGAAGUAUUUACUUUGACUAUAAUAUAUGUUUGUAGUGUACUGUCUUAGUUUGAAAUUAAAUAUAUUAAUUGUGAAUACGCUCUUUUUAAGGUUCACUUUACGUAUUCACAACAUAGUCCAGUCAUUAUGCAGACAUUUUCUAAAAGAACCUUUGUUGGAAUAUACAAUAAGUAUAUAGUACGCCUAUGUACUAUAGUAUAUGUGACCGCUCUCCCCCUACUCUUGACUAGCUUCGAGAAGCUGCAUAUCGUAGCUUUCGGAGCUCGGCUCCUUACACAACAGUCUGGCCGAAAUCAAGCGAAGCUAAAGACGUGUUUAAUUCAGAAUAAAUUCUAAUUAGUUUAAUCCUGUAUUUCUUAUUUACUACCUGGUCCCAUUAUAUUCCGAAAACCUUGUUCAUCGUUACAAAACCUCUUUUCAAGUAAACAAAUAAGUGCAUAUCGUAGCUUUUUAUUGCUCUUUAAAUCACGUUCUAUACACACAUGAUUGUUACGUACCCGCAACAAUAUCGCUUACAUAAGUAAUGUGUAUGGUAGCUGUAAAACUUAAAUUUUGUUCGUAACUUUUUCAAAAGUGCGUUCUGAGGCGACAUCAAGGAGAGUCCAACUGUAGCAGAAGUAUAUGCGCACAUUGUCUCAGCAGCAGAUAUAAAGCUCUCCACCGACGAGAAUCUCUAUAGUAGGUCUGCAGACAUUGCGGAGAAAAGUUUAUUAAGCUGCCAAGAUGAUACUUUUCGUCGUGUCAAGUUUUUUGAUACUACAAGCUGCUUCUUCUGCCCCUGUAAAUGAAAAUGAAGCGGAGCUAUUAGUCGCAGCAAGAAAUGGAGUUUACCGUAUGAACUUGGACGGGAGCAACGCAGUUCUAGUCAGCGAUGCUGUUGACGCCAGAAGUGUGGACUACCACCACGCCAAGCAUCUAUUGUUCUGGAGCGACGUGGCUACCCACAAGAUUUACAGCAAGGAUUUGUUCGACGAGUCCAGUGAAAUCAAGACUGUAGUUGCGGGGCCGAAUGACUGGGAACCCCGAGCCAUCGCCGUCGACUACGUCAACGACAAAAUCUACGUGAUGGACCACGGCAGCAGAAAGAUAGAUGUCUUCGAAUUGGACGGAAGUAAGAGGAUCAGUGGAAUCCAGGUUAAUCUGACCGAACCUGAUGCAGAUGAAGACUAUACCAUGGAUAUCGUCGUUGAUCCUAACGAAGGACUUGUUUUCUAUGGAGAACACAAUAAGGUAAUGCGCGCAACAAUGGACUUCACCUCUGUCAAAAAAGUCGGCGGCAAGUCCUACAUCUCGGGACUGACCAUAGAUCGCGAAGCCAAACGCUUCUAUUACGCAGAUACACAUCGAUUCCUCUGGGAGUCGAAUUACGAUGGCGAACAGAAGGACCACGUCAAUUUCUACGACCACCCGAGCGAUUACGUUCGCGGUACUGCCGUGUCCCCGCGCAGUCUGAGCAAGUACCACGGGGGAUUCUUCUGGGUGGAUGGUCGCGCGGACGGUGUACACCAUUUGCAGCAUUACUCUUCGAAGCCAGUCAACACUGAAGUAAAGAACGCUUUCACCGUCAGGGUUAGGCAUCCUUCGCUGCAAAACGCGAGCCAGGUUAAGGAUUCCGCAAAAGGUUGCGAGAACGCCGACUGCAAGUACAUGUGCCUGGUUUCUAAUCCAGCGUAUUCGAGCGUAACACACUCUUGCUUCGAAGACGUUAAGCAAUAACUUGGACUGAAUCGACAUAAACAUUUUCGAUCCGAUUUUAAUUAACUACGCAUUCAUAAAUCACGAGAAAACAAUGUAAACAUACAAAUUUUUCGCCAAAAAUAAAUACUUUUAUGUACGAGACAAAA